UGUGUGAAGUUGUUACUGAAGAAGAGAUGAAGACGCUGCACUUGGCUCUGAUUCUGCUCGUGCUGUCCGGUGUUCUCACUCAGGACAGAGAAUUUGGUGUGAAAUAUCCUGAUAAACCGAUCUGUGCUGUGAGAGGAUUCAGUGUCUCCAUUCCCUGUAGUUAUUCUUAUCCACAAAAUCAUCAGGUGGAACAAAAGCUUUGGUGCUCGAUGAACUCAAACACAGAUAAGUGUCAUAAACCACCGUAUGUUUAUAACAGCUUAUCAAACACCAAGUCAGACUUUGAGUUCACUGGAGACGACAAAUCAGACUGCACUUUGUUAAUCCACAAUGUACAGUUCAGUUAUUCUGGAGAGUACAAAUUCAGAUUUAUAACUAAUGUGGACAGAUGGACAGGUGAUCCUGGAGUGACUCUACAAGUUACAGAUUUAAAGGUGUCACUAAUCAGGCUCAGUGGAAACGGAACCCUUAAACAAGGAGACUCGUUAAAUCUGAGGUGUGAUGUGAACUGUACACACACUUCCUCACAGUUUGUGUGGUCUAAGAACAACCAGCCCUUAAAUACAUCAGGACCUGUUCUUCCCUUUCCUGCUGUAACCGUGAGGGAUUCUGGGAAUUACACCUGCACUUGGGAAACCAACGUCACAUCAGGAUCUGAAACCAUCAGCCUUCAUGUCGAGGGUGACGCCCCUGAAAAUCCUGAACAUUGGUUAAUCUGGGUCAUUGUUUUGGUGAUUGCCGGAGUGAGUGUCCUCGUCUCAGUAGCUGUGAUUCACAACAGGAGGAGGAAAUUUAAAGCUCCAGAAGAAAUCGUGGGGGAAAGUGGAGAGAAAACACGGACAAAGCCACAGUUCAGCUCUCACGUUUCUCAUCUUACUGAUGAAGAAAUGUUGAACAAGGAGGAAGUGACUUACUCGUCUGUCCAAAAACAAGCAGCAACCGAAGGUUCACAGCUAAACCGAGACCCUCAGCCUGAUGAAGAAGAUGAAGAAGAUAAAGGAGGAGUGAUUUAUGCUCCUGUGUGGAUCAAACCCAACAAAGGAACCAAACAGUGUGGUCACACUGAGCAGCAGGAGGAGAACGAUCCUGUAAUCUACAGCAGUGUGAAAAUAACCUGAUGAUGCUUUCACACCUCAUUCAACCCCAGUGCAGAUGAGUUUUAUUUAAUCAUCAUCAUAAAACCUCAUCAGACAUUUUCCCAGUGCAUGUAACUCUUUAUGAUUUAAGACUUGCUAAUAUCAUAGAACUUGUCGUUUUUUUUGCUGUACACAUCCUGUUCAGAAGGACAUUUCAAUUCUUAAAUUGUUUUAAUAUAUUGAUUGUAAUUAGGAGUCCAAGCCCCGACCGAGUGUAGGCUCCCUAUUGUUAUUCUACCUUUUCUUCUUCUUUUUCUUCCUCUUCUUCUGGCUUGCGGGUUCCUGGCAGCCCGUAGAACUGUCUGGGAAAAGCACAGUGAUUCAGAAGGGUCUAAGGUAUAUUAUUGCCAAAUUUGGGCCUGGUACUGUUAGCAUCACCAUCGGGUCAAACUUGGGCCUAAUUUGUAAGUAGAACGUUGGUCCAGAAUUUUAAAGCCUGGGUUCCCUGGGUCGAUACAACACCCGCCGACUUCAGUGAUGUGAUCGCUUCAUUAUAUUUUCCUCCAUCUUGGAUUUUGUUCUUGUUACUCCUACAAAUUUUGUCCAUUUAUCACCAAAUUUGGGAUACAUGACCAUCUUCAGAGUAAGCCUCACAAAAACAAUUCAAAUAAUUUUAAAUACUUGAAACAGUUUGCCUGUAAUUGGUCAACAGGCAACUUUGUGCACCAACACAAAACUCAGCCUUCAGGAUCGUGACCUGAGUCUAUGCAACAGAUUUCAUGACAGCACCAUCUACUGGUCACAAAUUACAAUAGCAUGCAUAACAUUCCUACAUCUAACUGACAUUAUUGCUACUCUUUCUCCAAAUUUUGUCCAUCUUCACCAGAUUUGGCUCCCAUCAUCUGUCUAAACAUCAAAAUAUUAACAGACAACGGCAUGUGGAGAUGCAUUGAAUUUCUCUGGGAUUUUAGUCCCAUCUGAAUCCAUCGUGUCAGGAAUUGUUUAUACAUGUGCAUGUGAAUGUGUCUGAAAAGUUACAGAGCAUUUUAAAGGAACCUGUAGAACAAACCAGAGGUAAAAUAUUGUAUAUCCUGUCUGAAAUGACAUGUUGGUAAAGUACUUUUUUUUAACCAUCUAUAUACUGUAUAUAUGCCUGCUGGUCAUGUGAUCUACUAAUAUUCAAGCAGAACUUACAACAAGCACUUACUGUAUGAUAAAGACAAAGCUAUAUGUCUGCAUUGAAUAUAUAAGAUAUGUGUAGAAGAUAUAUAAGAUAAGAUACAUGCAAAAAAAUUGUUGUUUUGCCUUUUUACACUUUAUAUGAGGUAAUGUAUAUACUGAGUGAAGUAUUUAGCUCAUGUUACAGGUGAGUUAUUUCUCUUUAGAUUUUUUUUUAAAUAUUAAUGAACACAGUAACAGUGAUGAUAAUGAUCAGACUCACUGCUAUGUUAAUGUAUUUGCCUGCUAUUUAUAAAUAAUGAUGAAGAAAGGGAUUUUGUUUGUUUUACUUUUACACCAGACCCUCAAGUGUCAUGAACAAUAUCGCCAUCCAGUGGCGGAAACCUGAACCUCUGAAUAGUGUCCAGUUUUUAUUUUCUCUUCGUUUAUUGAGUUUUUGUAAUAAAGCCUCUGGUUAAUCAGGAUCCUCUGGGUGUGAAUUCAGGAGCGUGUUUUAACCAUCAUCCAUCCAAAAAAGAAAUAAUCACAUGAUUUAGAACUUAAACACAAUUUUAUUGUUCUGUAAGAGUAAAAGAUGUUAUUUAACACAGAGACUGGAAGUAUUUACUAAAUAUGCCGUGUGUA